AUGAAUCCUUUAGAAAAUCAAAGCCUCAAUCUGGACGGAGAAGUCGUUUUUGCUGUAGAAAACGAUACUAUAAGAGCGAACAAACAGCUUUUGCUUUCAAAAAGCAGCUAUUUCCAAGAAAUCUUGAUCGGAUCUGAAAAUUAUGCUGAGGUAAGAGUCCUUCUUCCUGAAUGGGUGACUCCUCUUUCUCUAAACCUUUAUAUUUCCUAUCUUGACACAGGAAAAAUCCAGAAAACUGACCUAUUCAACGUCCAAAAGCUUCUUUGGCUUUCAGACUUCUUUAAAGACACAAAACUGCAAAUUUCAUUGAUAACUGAUAUUAUAUGCCCAGGACUAACUAAAGAAACAGUUUUAUUAUUCCUGCAAGACGCUUUCACAAAGAUUUCCACACCUCCUGUAGCAGAACAUUGAAAAAUCCUAUAUCAUGCGACGUUAGAUUAUUCAGCUAAAAAUUCAAGCUUUAUUUUUUCUAAAUUUCAGUCAGUCAUUGAGAAAAUGGAAGUUCCUUUACUCCCCUUGUUAGCGAGCAGAAAAACUUUGUUCGCUCAUGGAGGGUUCAAAAUUUAAAAAAUUCCAAUUCGUAAAAUUUGAGAAGUAAAAAUUAAUUUAAUUUUCAAAUUUAUGUUUCAAAAUGCAAGCUGUUUAAAAUAGAAUUAGCUAGAGAUUUCACUAUACUACUUAUAUAUCAAAAUAAUUUUUUACAAUUCAUUCACAGAGGAUAGGGUUUUUGACCAAAUGGUUUUGUUCGUUCAUAGAGAGGGAAGUUAGUAGAAGACUUAAUUGGAAGCUCAAUGGAACAAAAUUUAAUUGUGGCGAGCUCUGAUAACUCAUAUAUUAUUGAAAAAAUCAAAGAGCUGAAAGGUGCUUCGUCGCUGCUCGAUUUAUUAGAAAAAGAAGAAACAAAAAUAUUGAACUCUGAUGUCACUAAUAGGCAGCUGGAAGGUUUUACUUGAAAUAUCAUGCAUUUUGAGUCUGGAAAUUUCUAUAGAGAAUCUGAGCCUUUUGAGAUUAGCGGGCUGAGCUGGGUUUUGUGUAUAUGAAGCUUUGAGCAUGAAAAUAAAUUAGAAGUUUCUUUAAAACAUACAGAACUAAAAUCAAAUAAAGGCAUCACAAAAGAUUCUAUUGUGGUGAUUUCAUAUGCUGUACAAAUUAAUGAUGAAGAUCUGUCAGGAAAACAUCCAAAUUUAAUCCCAAUUCUUGCAGGCUCAAAUUCUCAAGAUAUAAUCAGAACUAUUUCACCUUUUAACCAGCAGAGUAUUUCUGAUUUAAAAAUAAAAAUUUUUGCAAAAGUUGAGUUUUUAUAUUCCUCAAUCCUACAGCAUUUGGCUAAAAAUCCAGAAUCUUCUCUAGAAAAUGAAAGCUUACUCCCCCCCAUCCUUGAUCGAACGAUUGACUGUAAAAAUUCUAAAAAAAUUGGGAAAUUAACCCCCAUCCUUGAUCGAACGAUGGCGAGUCGUUCGAUCAAGGACGGGGGGAGUUAGAAAAAUUUUCUCAAAGUAAUCUUGAGGUAAUUUUGAAGUACAAAUAUUUAAAUAUUCUUAGUUGCUAAAAUUUCUGAUCGGCUCCCACGAGCCAAAGAUGGAUUUCACGCGUGAAAAAUCCAGAAAUUCCACGUGAAAAAACCCAUUUUUGGCUCUUGGGAGCUGAUCGGAAAUUAUGCCAACAUAUUAUAUAAAAUCAGAAGACCAAGCUUUACACCUAGUCGGGAAAUGAUGUGAGCAAUGUCCUUUUGAGCUAUGUGAAGAAAACAUAUCCCCAAUCCUAAAAUGGCUACGAUGGGAUUUUAUUACUCUAAAUACAUUGCUUUCUUCUGUAAGACUAUACCCAAUAUUAAAAAGAUCCAAAACUUUUAAAGACAUUUUCAGGCACGAAAUAGAAGUCCGCAGCAAAUCUUUAAGAUCACGCCGUAAGCUCUAUUUAGCCUCCACAAGUGAGCCUAGAAAGUCAUAUAAAGCUCAUUUUAACAAAGAGCAGUUUAAUUCUAUGAAAGAAUAUAUAUUGGCUUUAUCUGAUAUUAUUUUUGAGCAAGAAAAUAAUAGCUUUCAAAAGGUAAAUUUUAGGUAGAAAGAUGAACAAAAAUUAGAAGAAUUAAAUAAACAGCUUAUGCAAAAAGAGCUGGAAAUAAAAGAUUUGAAAAAUAAAUUGACCAUUGCGCAGUCACAUCAUUCACAUUCAGUUUCAGUACCAAGCUUUAAUAUACAGAGCUCACCAUUUUUUGAGGAUAAAGAAGAUGCAAUGAGCAAUGAAAGCUCAAUGAAAUCAACGCCACAGCCAAAACCGUCAAUAGGAGGGCAUGACAGGUCGAGGAAUCUGUCUAUUGAUUCAAAAGCAGCGAUUAGUUUUGAAAGUAUUAUAAAGGCAAAAAAGUCAGGAAACGCACUGUCUUCAUUGAUGACGAAGCUUCAAGCGCGGAAAGGUUCUAAAAUUGCAAAUUUAUAA